AUGUAAGAAAAGAAAAUUAAGAAAAACAGAAUUAUUCAUUCAUCAUUUUUAAAAUUACUUUAUUAAAUUCUUGAGGUUAAGUAAAUUAAUAAUAUAGAAUCAAGAGUAUGAAAAUACAAUACGAUGGAAUGAUUUUGGAGAUAAAUUUAUGAUUUUAGAUAAACCUACUUUUAUAUAAAAAAUACUACCAAAAUACUUUAGACAUUAAAAGUUUUCUAGUUUCUUAAGGUAUUAUAAUAUAUAAUUUAAGACAAUUAAAUCUCUAUGGAUUCCAAAGAAUAUGUACUGAAAGAAAUAAUUCUUGCUAUUACAACUUAUAAUUUAAUAAGUACAGCCCAAAUUUAUAAAUGAAAAAGAAACAAAAAACAUCAAAUUCAUAUUGCGAGCUUGAGACUUCAGUUUUGAAGAACUAAAUGAAUUAAAUAAAAAUGAAUCAAUAAAUAUUAAAAUAACAGAUAGAUGGAUGCUUAUAAUCUGUUGAUAAAAUGACUAGUUUAACUCAAUAUUUAUUAAAUGUAACAAUUACCUAAAUUUAAAUAGUUACUCUUCGAAAGUAAAAUCUAAACCUCUAAUUAGGCUAAAUCUAUAUUAAAUACAACCAUUAAAAUAUACACUGGAAUGUUGCCUCAAUUUUGUAAAUAAUUUAUAAUAUUUUUAAGUUCUAACAUUUUAAGAACUACUAGAAAUUACAUUUCCUUCUAGCGAAAUCUUAUAGCUUGAAAAUGCAAUCUCAUACUUCAAUAAUACCCCUAUUAUGCCUUAGGUUCACAUAUCAUUUCUCUAAAUAUUUAAUUAUUUAUCAUCCUAUUAUCCAGCCACUUAGUUUUCAAAAUAUAAUGAAGCCUUUUCAAAUAUUGAGAAGUCAUAUCGUAAUUUAGAGGAUUUUGCUUAUCAGCGUCAAUAAUUAAGAAUUUAAGAUUGAGUAAAUUGUAAGAACC